AUGGUGUUAGGGCAUAACCAAUAUCACCGAAAUCUCCAGGAGCAACAUUUUCUUGUGGAAGAACAGCCCCAAUUGCCGAUAGAGGCCUCGCAGUCUGCUGGAAAUGCCCCCGUUGUGCGAAGGAAAUUCGCCAAACCUCCCGUCAAGGUAGCCUGUUUGGCAUGCCGCGCAUCCCGCACCCGAUGCGACGGGCAGGAGCCAUGCUCAAGCUGCGCAAACAAAGGAAGGGCAUGUUCAUAUCUACCCAGCAAACGUGGAGGACCUCGAAAGAAAAAAUCCAGCGCUCCACCAUCCGACCCUGACGAACUGGCGCAAACCAGUCCAUGGGAUCCUCCUAUCGUGCAAAAUUCUCAUUAUGAAGAAGAUGGCGCCUUCAGUCAGAUCGAACCAUUGGCCUUGCCAGGAGCCGGGCUGAGACAUCUCGAUUUUAACCCUGAGGUGCAGGGCAUGUUUGUUGGAAUGUUCGCUCAUCCUGGAGAAGGCCACCACCCAGCUGUGCCUGUGUCACAAGUCUCUCUGGCUCCCGGAGGUAAGCAACCAACGGUCAGAGCGUACGGCAGUGAGCAAGACAUACUGAAUGCUUACUACGAAUUCAUUCACCCAUACUUCCCCAUCUUACCUCCACGCAUUGCGCAGCCGAGUCCGGAUCUCCCACUGGAAGAUGCGGGCUCACAUCCAAACUCCCCGUCCGACGAAGCUAGUCUAGCUUACCAACCAGUCUCUCCUCUUAGCUGCGCAAUAUCCGCGAUUCUUGCCCUAGUUCCGCUUCCCAAUAUCCCUGACUCGCCCAACGUCAUGCUGCGAAGAUCAUAUUCACAGACUUACGCCCGGUUAGCGACCAUGCGGAUUGAAGCUGAUGGUGAGCUCAUUGAUUCAGUAACCGAUCCUUCUCAGGCGCUGAAUUACGCCCGGCCAACGAUCAAUAGACCACCAUUUCAUCCUCAAGCGCCCGUUGAGCUGGAGAGUAUUUUGGCUUUACUUGUAUUGUCCAUUUACGAAUAUGCGCAACGCGGGAAUAUGAUGAAGAUGCGGUAUCGUGCUGGUCAGGCAUGGGUUUUGGCUAUGAAUCUUUCGCUUAAUGCGCUGGGACCGGAGCAGGAUGAAUUUACCGAAGCUAAGAGGAGAGCGUGGUGGAUGACUUACUUUUGUGUUCUUCAAGGAUCUAUCGUUAGCGUUACGCCUUGUCCUGUUAUGAUUAACGACACUCGAUUUACGACGCCUUAUCCUCAGUUUGCAUCGGAUCCAGAGGGAUGGUCGAUUCUCCUUCAAGCACAACAAGUCCUCAUCGCCUCCAAUCAGUUCGCCGUGGACCUCAACAGGUGUCUCAAGUCCCGGUCCAAUAUGCAGUGGAUAUACGAUCAGAUGAAGCAAUUGGAUGCAUGGACUUCGUCCUUGAUGACGCAGGCCAAUGCUCCAUCCAGCGUCCAGCGAUCAGGGGAUAUGAGCAUAGCUUCGGAAUUCGAUACAGCUGAGAGUAUUCGAGCCAUGUCGAGAAUCAAGCUUGCCAGUUCACAAAUCAGAAUGCACCAAUUUCGAGCCUUCUCCGAUCUUCCGGGCUUCAUCAAAAAGCAUUUUGACCUGGCACCUCAUGGUUCCAACGUGAACGAUCCGUUUCAUAUAGCAAAUAACGGCGAUAGCAACCCGCUGGAAUGUCAAUGCCAUCAAUUUCAUCCAAUGGGAAACGUCAUACCCACAGAAUACAACGGUCCAGCAUCGGAUACAUCAGCAGCGGCAGCUUCCGGGCCCGUACAUCCACACUACUGCUGGCUAGGUCCUGGGUUCCCAUUCAGCGCUCAGCAAUCAUCCGAUAUAUGUCUUCGAGCGGCUCUAAUGAUUUCACACAUGGUUGGAAGUUUGCCAUAUCCUGUUUUGCUGCGGCCCGGCGACCGUCGAGAUUCCACCAGACAUCCACCCUUUGGCGAUCCUGCAUUACUAGAUCCACGUACACAGUUCCCACGCACUAUGCCCUAUUAUGCUGCUUGUACUAUGCAGGGGAGCUACGCACUAUUGAUGCUCGUCUAUAAAACACGGGUUGCAAUAUCAAAAGACAGGACCGCCAACGUUCUAUACGAUGAAGGACACCAGUCUUCAGCAGACCAGAUGCUCGAUGGCUUGAGUAAUGGCCUAGAGCGUAUUGUUGGGGUUAUUUCCAAUUUCUCGAGGGCCUUUGAGGCGCUGAGCGGCAUGAGAGAAAACAUCGAAAGAGCGAUUCAUACGGCAUUUUCACAACCUUGA